UUUCACACACAAAAGAAAUAAAACGGUUAUAAUUAUGUAUAUGUAUUGUUUACUCAUAUUUUUUUUUUCUUUUCCCGCCAGAAUAAUUGUUGACCAAGAGUUCGUGUUCUAGUGUUGUCUUAUGACAUGUAUUUGAUAAUACACAAUAAAAAUAAUAGUAACAGUGAUUGUAAUUGCGGUGUAUUUCCUCUUAGCUGAUUAAUAUUUUGAAACUUUUUUAUUUUUAUUUGGUAAUAACAAGAUGACAACACGAACUGAUCUUUUACAACGAACAAGACGUCGUAGUUCAUUACGGCAAGCAUUAGCAGUAAUACCAGACAUGACAAGUUUAUCAGUAUCAUUGGGAUCACCACCUGUUGCAAGUCCAAACAACAAUAAUUUAAAUACCGAUCGGAGUCCAUGGCACUCGGGUUCAAUAGGAACAUCAAGUCCUGAUGAAUUGGUGAUACAGAAACGUGGAAGACGCAGUAAAACAAUAAUAUGGUCACCAGAAGCUGAUUCCAAAAGAAAUAGUCUGCUGAGUUACAGUAUACGGGAUCAGACACCUGAAAAAAAUUCCGACUCCCAGUCACAAUCGCCAAUUAUGAUGCGUGAUAAUUUGUCAAUAAAAAAGAGGCUCGAUUUAACUGGUGAUUAUGAUGAAUCACAUCUGACUACUCCAGAUAAAAAGUACAAAUUUAUGAAUGGCGAUAGUGAAUUUACGGGUAGUAAUUUAUUAAAUGGAUUGCGUGGACUGAGUAAUGAACAACUUGUUAAAAUGAUUAUGAAUUUAGUGACGAUGCAAGAAGAAGGAACAUUGUCUAUUGAUAGUAAAUUACGUGAUGUUAUUAUAAAUAUUAUUCCUGCUGCUGAUAUUAGUCCGCUGCAAGAGAGGCUGAGUGUUUUGAGGCAGAAUAUUUACAGCAGUCUUAUUUCUGCUGGUGAUUCUGCUUACAUACGUGCCUAUAUACAUUUAGAUGCCUUUCAGAAAACAUUAAUGGAGCAAGGAAAUAAGUUGUUGCAGUCACAGCAUUGGGCUUCAUUGAUACAUUAUGUAUUUACAGCGUGGGCUAUAACUAAAGAUUUACCAGAAUGGAAUAAUGAAGAUAAUACGUCACAAAAAUGUUAUUCUUGCCUUACACGUUUUUGUAAACAAGCUUUACUAAAUGGUAACUUUGACCAUUCUGAUCUUGAAGUAUUUGCUGAAAAAAUACAGAGUAUAGUACAUGAUUAUGAAGAUAUGAAAAUUUGUCUUCAAAUGGCACGAGAAAUGAUGCGAUAAAUAUCACUCAUAGAUCAUCACUUACUGCAGGUGGGAACCUCACUUCCGGAACCGGCGAUUAUCAAAAAGAUCGUCCGUUUACUGUUAUAUGACAAUUAACAGUAAAAUUAAUUUAAAAAUUUUAGGGUAAACUAUUCAGUCCCCAGCCCCGUUAAAAAAAUUUUUCAUACAUUUAUACAUCACGAGAAAGUUUUAAAUUUUUUUACAAAUUCUAUACUAAUGAAACGUUUAUUAUAAUUCUUAUAAUUAGUGAUGAAAUAUCAUAUAGAUAAGUAUAUAAAUAAAAAUAAGUAAAUUUGAAACAAAGUAUCAGCAGGCAGCACUUUGAUCAGUAGUAAAUUAAAUAUAAUUGUCUUAAAAUAAUUUUGUUAAUAAAAUAUAUAGAGAGGUUGGAUACUGGGUAUAUUACCCUAUGUGCGAAUGAUAUUGUACUCAGUAUUUUUUCUUAAUUCAUUCAUAAUUAACUAUUAAAUAAUGUAAAUGUAAUU